AAAGGCUGACCCCGUCCAGUGACUCUGACUCGACAGAUCGAUCGUGCGAGGGUUUCUGUGUGUGCGUGGUCUGUUUCCGCAGAGGGAAGGUUCUGUAUGAGUGGACGGUAUCUGUGCUGAGCUAAGGAGAGCGAGAGGUUGCCGGGUGUGUCCAACAUGGCGGAAGAACCAGAGGGGAUGGAGGCAGAUGUGGUGGUAGAAGACAUGGACCAGACCUCACUCACCAGUUCUGCUCCAACUUCCGUCAUUGUCAAUGUAACUGGAGAAAACGCAACUGGGGACUCUGACAUGGACAGGACAGCCUCUCCCAUUAGCCACUCCCCCUCCAACUCCACCCAGUUCCAGGCUGCAGAUGUCGGCAGACUGCUGGCAGUCCAGAGACUGGCGGGCCACAAUGAGCUCAGACAGACAUAUUCAGAGCCAGGACUGAAGAAGAAGGUGCAGCGAGUCAAGCAACACAACAGACUGAGUCCGGUCCCCAGGAGGACUGACCUCAACAAGACACUCUCCGUCGGCUCUUCCCUUGAUAGUGCUGCCGUACCGGGGUCAUCGGGGUCGUCGUCGUGGCGACAGAGUACCUCGGCCUCCUCCCUGUACGCGUCUCCCCACUCUCCCCACUCUCCCUCCUCCUCCACCACCCCUCACUGCGAAUCCCCAUCCUCCCAGUACGAAGAGGGUGGAGCUGGGGGCAGGGCUGAAGAGAUGAGCGGCAUCACUAUGGCAACACAGAUACCACCUGGAUUGGCUGCAGCUGCUCGGUUUCCGGCUGUUCAGAUGACGCCUCUGCUAACGAGCGGGGCCAUCCCCACUCAAGAGCAGCUGGAAGCCUUUCAGAAACAGCAGGUGGAGUUGCUGACUCAGCUACAAAAACAACAACAAAAGCAACAAGGGAAUGCCGGUGCACCAGACGGUGCUAGCAUCUUCCAGUUCCCACUGUGGCUCUACAGCACAGGGCAAGCUCCGGGAGCGUUCCAGGUGGUUCAGGGGUCAAAGUCCAGCAACAGUGCCACGUCGUCUCCCACUCCCUCCACCACCUCCUCUGACUCUGGAAUUUCUGAUGGUCACCACACCCUGGCCCCGCCCUCCCGCCGCCCGCUGUCAGAGAGCCAGUCGGCACCGGGAGUUCCCAUUGACUCCCAACAGGAGGCCGUCCUCCGCUCCUUCCUCCUCCAGAACCAACAACUCCAGAUCCAAAAACAAAAGGUGUACCAACAAUAUCUGGACCAUCAGCAGAAGCUCAUGCAGCAAGCAAUCCUAGAGAGACAAGCCAUCGAGGAGCAGCAGCGGCAGUUGGCGACAAUCCACCUCCGCCAGCAGACGGAGCUACAGCAGAAGCACCUGCUGUUGCUACGACAGCUGCAGGAGCUCCAGAGGCAGCAGAGCCAGCAACAGGCUCUCCUCAUGUUGCAGGCAAUGCAGCAGCAGGCCGCAGCCGCUGUAGUCGCCCAGCAACAGGCAGUGAAGCAGGGGGUCCAUAGGGUCCCCAGUUCCACCGAGACCCUCCGUCUCCCUUUCGGACACAAGACGACGCUGACCCAGUCCAAUAGUCUCGGUUCCGUUCUGGCCACACCCCCUCGUCACCACGAGGUCACAGGGUCCGCGUCCAUGGAGAUGAGCUCGCUGAACAUCUACCAGAACCGUAGUCCGACCUUGACACCCAAACUCUCUCUCACGCCGACCAACAGCCACGACAGUACGGCCUCUAAUGGUAGGAGCUCCCCUAAUGUGGGUGCUCCUAGCCCAUCUUCAGGCCAGGAGACACAGGGUAAUAAUGGUGGUGGUGGUACCGGGCUGGUCUACGAUACAAUGAUGUUGAAACACAGCUGCACCUGUGGAGGCUCUCAUCCGGAGCACCCGGGGAGACUGCAGAGCAUCUGGGCCAGACUGGUGGAGACUAAAGUCGUCACCUCCUGCAGGCGUCUGAGGGCCAGAAAGGCAUCGCUGGCUGAGCUUCAAGCCCUCCACAGUGACAACCACGUACGGUUGUACGGGAGGUCCAGUCAGAGGAAAGUUGGAUCUGACAAGAAAGAUCCGACACGCUCCUUCAUCCAGAUGAGCUGCCAGGGAGUUGGGGUUGAUCAGGACACCUACUGGAACGAACAACACACUUCAAACUCUGCAAAGAUGGCCGUUGGUUCUGUGAUUGAGCUGGCAGAUAAGGUUGUCACCGGAGAGGUCAAGAAUGGAUUUGCCUUUGUGCGACCGCCAGGCCACCAUGCACUACCAAAUCAAGCCAUGUAAUUCUGUUACUUCAACAACGUGGCUCUGGCAGCAAAGGCCAUGUUGGCCAAGGAACAAAGAGAGUGUAUAGAUAGGGGACUGUUCGGAUAUUCACCAUGGCAACGGGACUCAGCAGAUAUUCUACGACAACCCGGGGGUCCUCUAUCUCUCUCUCCAUCGCUACGACAACGGGACGUUUUUCCCCGGCACCGGGAGGCCAGAGGAGAUCGGCUCGGGGGCUGGUCUGGGGUUCAACAUCAACGUGGCCUUCUCUGGACCAACGGCACUUCAGGGAGUUACUAGAUCAAGUUAUGGAGAUCCAGAGUACUUGGCUGCAUUCCGGUGUGUGGUGGUUCCCGUGGCGAGGGAGUUUGGUCCCGACAUCAUCUUUUUUUGGUUUGGUCUCAUUUCCUCCGUCCCCCUCCUCCUCCCUCUUCUCUCCAUAAAAGGUUAUGCUCAGAUGACCAGAAUGUUAAUGAGUGUUGGUAAUGGCCGAGUUGCCCUGGCGUUGGAGGGUGGCUAUGAGCUAAUGUCCCUCUGUGCAUCAGCUGAGGCUUGUAUGAAGGCUCUUCUCGGACUAGAGCUACCAGCUCUGGAUUCUGCAGCAUUCGACAGAGUGGCACAGGCUCCAGCCAUCACCAGCAUAGAGAAAACUAUGGCCAUGCACAACAGUGGUGGCAUCUUCUCUGAGACAGUAGUGCACUCUGGUGACUUGAAGCUAAAAGUGUAAAAUAUCGUAUGGAGUACAAAUCUAUUACUGGCUAAAUUCUAGGGACUGGGGAUCCUAGGGCUGUGUACGCAAUCUACAGUGUUCAUGGAGGGAAACUUGAGGAGGAGUGAGUGCACUGGUUUCAGGGCCCAUUUAGUCGGUGGUCAGGGCCAUAAUUGACAGAAAUAGGGGAAAUGCUCGUCAGCAUUUUCCAAAGUGUAUGUAUAUUAUCUAUCUGGGCAACAAACACUACAGUGGGACACUUGUGUUAAGAACAUUUGAACUUUGAAGAAACCAUGUUAUUGUAGUAUAUAUUUAUCAGACAAUCUUUAACUGUAUAUACCAAUACCUCUCCUGUACACACCAUUCCUCCCUCCUCUUCCCUCCUUCUCCAAUAUCUGACUGACAUACCCAGAGGCCUACUGGCGAUGUCUCCAUCACACCGGAAACCUUCUCCACAUCACUCACUCCGAGAUAAGAGACGUAGAGGAGGCGGAUACGGUGUCCGCUCUUGCUAGCCUCUCCAUGACAGGACAGAGACAUGGGCGUGGAGCAAUCAAUACGACAGUUUAAACCAAUCACCGACGCACAGCUGAAAAACCUUCAUCCAAUUCUUCUUCCUUAGUUUACUGAGAAAUUUACCAAUUUACUGAACCAUUAGAAUGCACAGAUAUUUCUUCACGGAAUGGACUCUGACUAUAAAAAAAACGCAGCAACUUCUAUUUUUGUAGUCUACGACAUCAUGUGUAAAAUUAUAGAUGCUCUCCAGGGUCAAUUUUGGGAAAACCAAUAUUAUUUUUAUUUCUUUUUCACAUUCUUUUGUAUUGUAAUACUUCUAUCUUUCCCCUCUUCUCCUCAUCUCUCUCUCUCUCUCUCUCACUCUGGUUUAUAAUACCAACUGUCUCAUUCUCCAAUCGUGUUAAGAUUUUUUUCUACAAAAACCUUUGUAUAAUUGUUAUUUACAAUCUGCUGAUGAUUUUACACAGCUAUUUUUAUAAUAGGUUAUUGAUUGUGGUCAAUUGUCUCUG